AUGGAGAAAUUAAUAGUGAUCCUGGUCUUUUUGGCUUUUGGACGAUUUACACAUCUUCGGAAGUUUUUCGACAUUCAGUUUUUACCAUGGCAACCAUCUUCAUCGCUACUGCUCGAGCUGAACAAAGUCAACCUGUAUCAACGCCGUACACAUUCCGCACUGUUCCAUUCGGUGUUGCAAAUGUUUGACGAUCUUCAUCGAGCGAUGAAGCUCAUCAACAAAGUUUACCUCAUACAAUUACUACUGAUAUCGUCAGCACUACUACCGUCCCCGACCUUCGCCCUCUUUGCCAUGUAUCGCUCGUUCGUGACGGAAGACUAUGCGCUCCGGCACAUGAUUGCUACGAUCGCCGUUUCGAGCCUUCUGUAUCUGCUUUCGUUCUUUGUUUUGAUUUUAAUUUCCACCGGCAUCAGCUAUGAGGUCGAUCGAUUGGUCAAGCAGCUUCACAUGUUCACCAACAUGUACCACGUCGAGUUCCGCGGAUUUGUAGAAGAGAGUGCCGUCUGCAUUAAAACACAUUUCCUAUCGCUGCAUAUGGGACCGAUCGAGCUGAACUGGAGGCUGGCCUUCUCGAUGCUAGGAUGGAUGGUUUCCUACAUGGUUAUUCUGAUACAGUUCGAUGCGAGUGGUGCCGGUGUAGCCAAGUUUCGAAGCCAGAGCAACUCAACGGAUUGAACAAGAGCUGAAGUAAACAAUAAAACAAAAUGUUAAAACGGAUGGUAACGUAAGUUUAUUCAAAAGCGCUAAAGAGUUCCCGGCUUCUUGUACUCCUCCCGGAUGUAACCCAUUGCGACGUUCUGCUGCAGGCACGGACUGGGACAGCCACUUGUUAUUUCACCGACUUUUUGCUGCUC